GAGUUAAAUAGAAAACUUCCAAUGUUCAUGAGAGCAAGAUGGACUGAGGAAGCUGGGACGAUAUAUGAGCGUAAUUCCCCACCACGAUUUGAAGAUUUUCUUAAUUUUAUCAAGAGGAAAGCCACUUUGAUGAACAAUGAAUUUGGAGAUGACCUCACCUGUAGUGAUAGUAAGGACAGGG